AUGAAAUUCUCCACCGUUUCUUCGCUCAUCGCCGCUACCUGUCUCGCCCUCAGUGUUGGAGCUGCACCCUCCGCAAACCCCUCCGAGCUUGUCGAAAGAGACCUCGAGGCUCGGGCGAGCUGCAGCUACGCCUAUAAUGGCUCUACCGGGAGGGGUGCUGGAACUCUCUAUUCUUGUUCGUCGGUUAGCUGGGUCAUAUCCUCCUACGUUUGCUAUGUCUCAUCGUCGUCGGGGGGGAACUGGUGCUGUUCCGGCAACCUUGUGCAGACUUCAGCUGGACCUAUGGUCGGCGGAUGUUUCUCUUCUUGA